UUCGCGAGGGCGGCCGGGCCCUGCCGGACCCGCCCCGGUGGCCUCGUCCCGCCCCGGCAGCGGCGGAGGCUGUGCCGGCCAUGGCGGACCGGCUGUGGCGGCUCUGCAACCUCCUCAUGGCCGCCUUCUUCGGGCUGGCGGCCGCCGUGCAGGUGAACGACCCCGACGCCGGGCUGUGGACGGCUGUGUACUUAGUGCCAGCUGCCCUGACGCUGCUUGUCAGCAUUAACCCCUCCAUAACAGAUCAUGGUGUUUGGAGGAGCCUCUGUGACCUUCAUUCUGCUUGUUGCAUUGUUGGAACCAUUGCUUUGGCUUGCUCUUUGUUUGCUUACACUCAAGGAAAUAUUUUGCACGAAGAGGAAGGCAGAGAGUUGUUUGGUCUGGUGAUUAUUACAGUAUGGAUGAGUCUUUGUCGCAGUUCAGCAAAGAGUCCACUGGGUGGAGUUCGCUUGAUCAUUGCAAUCGUGGUCACCCUCUUUCCCUUUGUUUCAUGGCUGUACAUUUAUGUGAACAAAGAGAUGCGAGCGUCUUGGCCAACACACUGUAAAACGGUGAUUUAAUUGGGUGAGAGAAAGUACAGAAUAAAUAUUCUGACCUUA